AUGUCUGAAGUCCAUGUUGAUGCCGAGCCCGUGGCGACAGGGCUUGAACGGAUGGAAUAUCCCCUGGCGUUGAACCCAAGACAGGUUACACUCAGAGACCGUGUGACUGUUGCAACGCUUCUGCCGUUCGCUUCGGCGGACGAUGUGCCUCGACAACUACUCAAAUAUCUCUCUGAUCAAUUCAACAAGGAAAUUGAGAAGGGAGAUACAUAUGCUAUGACAGAACCGAUUCCUCUGGCGCAGUUUGGACGGUACUGGUUCUCAAAUUUUGGUGUUGUGAUGCUGCUGGGCGAUAUCCAGAAUGUGCAGCAGACCCAUUCGAUGGACCGCGCCGGCGCGAAUUGGACAAAGAUUUGCCUGGGUGGCUUCCAUAUCCGCCCCAACUACCCUGGCCGCAGCAGUCACGUCUGUAAUGGAACUUUCAUAGUCACCGACGCUGCUCGAAACAAGGGUGUGGGUCGGCUGAUGGGUGAAGCAUAUCUCGAAUGGGCGCCGCGCCUGGGCUACACAUACGCUGUUUUUAACUUGGUCUACGAGACCAAUGUUGCCUCCUGCCGACUCUGGGAUUCAUUAGGGUUCAAGCGGAUCGGUCGAGUUCCCGGUGGCGGCCAGCUUAAAUCCCAACCUGGGGAAUUUGUCGACGCCAUCAUCUAUGGCCGUGGUCUCAGCUUAGAUGGCGAAGAUUCUGUCUCCCAGGACCGCUUUGAGAAGAUCAGAUACUACCUGAAGCACUCCAAAUACCCCCGGGGAGCGGACCGAGCCGAGAAGAGCCGACUUCGCAGCGCAGCGACUCACUACAAAUUACUAGGCGGCGACGAUGGCGAGCCUGAGAAACUGAUGCUGAAAGACAAAGAAGUCGUGUCUGACCCGCAACAACAGUACGAAAUUGCCAAGGAAGUCCAUGUGAAACAGCAUGCGGGUAUCAACAAGACCACUGCCGCAAUUGCAGUCAAGUAUCACUGGGUGCGGAUCAAGGAGACCGUGAACAGAGUGAUUCGCGAUUGUCCUCAAUGCAAAGAGACCCUGAAGGCACCACCAGUAUCCGAUGCCAAAGACGACGACCGAUCGGCAUCUGGCGAGAAUCUGGAAAUGGACACGGAGGACGCCAUGGACCACGAACAGCAAGGGACGUCGGAUGUGCAUUCGAAGAUUCAAACUGACCUAUCACAAGCCAUGGACGAGGCACCCGAUGAUUCCCCCAAUCACAAUGCGUUCGUUCAUCCAUCUGUUCCUGCAAAUAUACCGCCAAAUGUCCAUUCCAUGGCGAACUUCAACCCCAUGCCUCUGGACCCUCAGAUUAUGCAGCUGCAGCAACAACUCCGGCGCUACCAACAGCAGAAUGCUAUGGCGGGCGCGUUUGCGCCUGGUCCUCAGCACAUGAACAUGUCCAGUUUCGAUGAUGCGAUGCGGUUUCACACUGCCAGCAAUGCUUAUCAGAUGAUGGUCGACGAUGGCUCUGAUCCCUUUCGGCAAGAGGUGCUUGGGCUGAUGAGCCAUUCCUCCCAUCAAGAUAUGCAACACGAUGCUGAGCUGCUCUCCAAGUACGAGUACGGCAAUCCGUCAGACGGCAACUACGACUUUACCUGA